AUUGACAGUCCUUGCCCGAGAGGGCCGGGCGCCGCGCUCGCCGCGUCCUCCGGCUCCGGGCUUGCCGGCGCGAGGCUUCCUGGGAUUCGUAGUCCAGCGCUCCCGCCGUCGCGUUGGUGGGGACGAAUCAGGGACUACAACUCCCGCUGGGCGGCACUGCGGGUGCGCACGCGCAGCGCGCCUUCGAGGAACAAAAAAAAAAAAAAAAAAAAAAAAAGAGGAGGAGGAGGGUGAGAGAGGAGCUGGGAGAGCAGAGAAAAGGGGCCACCGAUCGCCCCCCCGCUUCCCCGCACGCGCUCUCUAACCGUGGCCGCCCGUCUGCCGCGGUUACCCCGGCCUCUCCCUCAGUCCCCUGUGAGCGGAUCUAGGAGCUGAGCGAGGCCCUGCCCGGGCGGCCAUGCGGCGGUGACAGGAGCUCGACCGAGACGCUUGGGCCCCUCGCCCUCUCACCUCCUGCCCGCUCGCUAGCCCGUCUCAGCCCGAGGCUGCUCCGCUGCGGUCGCAGUUUGCGCGCGGCCCACGCUCGCUUCCCUUCGGCACCCCUGACCCCGGCGCUGCCUGGAGGCGGCUGCACUCGGGGAUCAUGGCCCAAGUCGCGAUGUCCACGCUGCCUGUUGAAGAUGAGGAGUCCUCGGAGAGCAGGAUGGUGGUGACGUUCCUCAUGUCUGCCCUGGAAUCCAUGUGUAAAGAACUGGCCAAGUCCAAAGCUGAAGUGGCCUGCAUUGCAGUGUAUGAAACAGAUGUAUUUGUCGUUGGAACCGAAAGAGGACGUGCUUUUGUCAACACCAGAAAGGAUUUUCAGAAGGAUUUUGUAAAAUAUUGUGUUGAAGAAGAAGAAAAGGCUGCAGAGAUGCAUAAAAUGAAAUCUACAACCCAGGCAAAUCGGAUGAGUGUAGAUGCUGUAGAGAUUGAAACACUCAGAAAAACAGUUGAGGACUAUUUCUGCUUUUGCUAUGGGAAAGCUUUAGGCAAAUCAACAGUUGUACCUGUUCCAUAUGAAAAGAUGCUACGAGAUCAGUCAGCUGUGGUGGUACAGGGGCUUCCAGAAGGAGUUGCCUUUAAACAUCCUGAGAACUAUGAUCUUGCUACCCUGAAGUGGAUUUUGGAGAACAAGGCAGGGAUUUCAUUCAUCAUUAAGAGACCUUUCCUGGAGCCAAAGAAGCACCUAGGUGGUCGUGUGAUGGUAACAGAUACUGAAAGGUCAAUGCUCUCUCCAGGUGGAAGUUGUGGCCCCAUCAAAGUGAAAACUGAACCCACAGAAGAUUCUGGUAUUUCUCUGGAAAUGGCAGCUGUGACAGUAAAGGAAGAAUCAGAAGAUCCUGAUUACUAUCAAUAUAACAUUCAAGGAAGCCAUCAUUCUUCAGAGGGCAAUGAAGGAACAGAAAUGGAAGUACCAGCAGAAGAUGAUGAUUAUUCUCCACCUACCAAGAGACCAAAGAGCAAUGAACCGCCCCAGCCGCCAGUCACAGAACCUGCCAAUGCUGGAAAACGCAAAGUGAGGGAGUUCAACUUCGAGAAAUGGAAUGCUCGAAUUACUGAUCUACGUAAACAAGUCGAAGAGCUGUUUGAAAGAAAGUAUGCUCAAGCUAUAAAAGCCAAAGGUCCUGUGACGAUCCCGUACCCUCUUUUCCAGUCCCACGUGGAAGACCUUUACGUGGAAGGACUUCCUGAAGGAAUCCCUUUCAGAAGACCAUCCACCUACGGGAUUCCUCGCCUUGAGAGGAUAUUACUUGCAAAGGAAAGGAUUCGUUUCGUGAUUAAGAAACAUGAACUUUUGAAUUCAACUCGUGAAGACUUACAGCUUGAUAAGCCAGCUUCAGGAGUAAAGGAAGAGUGGUAUGCCAGAAUCACGAAAUUACGAAAGAUGGUAGAUCAACUUUUCUGCAAAAAAUUUGCCGAAGCCUUAGGGAGCACCGAAGCCAAGGCUGUACCUUACCAGAAAUUUGAAGCACAUCCCAACGAUCUCUACGUGGAAGGACUGCCAGAAAACAUUCCUUUUAGAAGUCCCUCGUGGUAUGGAAUCCCAAGGCUGGAAAAAAUCAUUCAAGUGGGCAAUCGAAUUAAAUUUGUUAUUAAAAGACCAGAACUUCUGACUCACAGCACUACUGAAGUCACUCAGCCGAGAACGAAUACACCAGUCAAAGAAGAUUGGAAUGUCAGAAUUACUAAGCUCCGGAAGCAAGUGGAAGAGAUUUUUAAUUUGAAAUUUGCUCAAGCUCUUGGACUUACAGAGGCAGUGAAAGUACCAUACCCUGUGUUUGAAUCAAACCCCGAGUUCCUGUAUGUGGAGGGCUUGCCAGAAGGAAUUCCCUUCCGAAGCCCUACCUGGUUUGGAAUCCCACGACUUGAGAGGAUUGUCCGUGGAAGUAAUAAAAUCAAGUUUGUUGUUAAAAAACCUGAACUAGUUAUUUCCUACUUGCCUCCUGGAAUGGCUAGUAAAAUAAACACUAAAGCUUUGCAGUCCCCAAAAAGACCACGAAGCCCUGGGAGUAAUUCGAAAGUUCCUGAGAUUGAGGUCACUGUGGAAGGCCCUAAUAACAGCAACCCUCAAACCUCAGCUGUUCGAACCCCCACCCAGACUAAUGGUUCUAAUGUUCCCUUCAAGCCUCGAGGAAGAGAGUUUUCCUUUGAGGCCUGGAAUGCCAAAAUCACGGACCUAAAACAGAAAGUUGAAAAUCUUUUCAAUGAAAAAUGCGGUGAAGCUCUUGGCCUUAAGCAAGCUGUGAAAGUGCCGUUUGCGUUAUUUGAGUCUUUCCCAGAAGAUUUUUAUGUGGAGGGCUUACCCGAGGGCGUACCAUUCCGACGACCAUCUACUUUUGGCAUUCCACGGCUGGAGAAGAUCCUCCGAAACAAAGCCAAAAUUAAGUUCAUCAUUAAAAAGCCUGAAAUGUUUGAGACAGCAAUUAAGGAGAGCACCUCCUCCUCUAAGAGCCCUCCAAGAAAAAUAAAUUCAUCCCCCAAUGUUAAUACUACUGCAUCAGGAGUUGAAGAUCUUAACAUCAUUCAGGUGACAAUUCCAGAUGAUGAUAAUGAAAGACUGUCAAAAGUGGAAAAAGCGAGACAGCUACGAGAACAGGUUAACGACCUCUUCAGUCGAAAAUUUGGUGAAGCGAUUGGUAUGGGUUUCCCUGUGAAAGUUCCCUACAGGAAAAUCACAAUUAACCCUGGCUGUGUGGUGGUUGACGGCAUGCCUCCCGGAGUGUCAUUCAAAGCCCCCAGCUAUCUGGAGAUCAGCUCCAUGAGAAGGAUCUUAGAUUCGGCUGAGUUCAUUAAAUUCACGGUCAUUAGACCAUUUCCAGGACUUGUGAUUAAUAACCAGUUGGUUGAUCAGAAUGAAUCAGAAGGCCCAGUGAUCCAAGAAUCAUCUGAACCAAGCCAGUUGGAGGUUCCUGCAACAGAAGAAAUAAAGGAGACUGAUGGAAACUCCCAAAUCAAGCAAGAACCAGACCCUACGUGGUAGACCUCUUCCCUCCUAGGCUUACAGUAUCAGUGGGUGAGAAGAGCUUUUCGGACCUGUUACUGCCCCGAGCUGUGUAAUAUACUUGUAUAACAGAAAUACCUUCUAUACAAACCUUUUUUUCUACUUUUAGAUAGAAAUGUCUACUUUUUCAGCAGUUCUGUGAAUUGAAUUAAAGAGCAGAGUGACUGUAGAUUUGGAAUGGCUGGUUUACUUUGGAUGUAUUAUAAGGAUUUUACAGCAGUGCUGGAAAAACGACAGGGAAAAUGACAGGGAUGAACCUCAUGAGAUUUUGUACGUAUUCGGCAGAGCCUUCCGCUGUGGUGUUUCUUUUCCAGUCAAGGGACGCUAUCUCCUCCUGGAACAUCUCAGCUUCUGCAGUGAAGAGAACACCUGUGAUAGUUCAGUUCCUUAGUUUUUCUAUUUGAAAAAUCAUUUAAAUGAUCCUUUUGUUCACGACUCUCCUUGAUGACUGAGUGAACAGUUAGUAUCUGUAUAUUUGACUAAACCUUUUCCUAAGCUCUCUAUCAUGGUUCGUAUGUUUUUUAUCAUAAUUAAACAACCAACCGUCUGGAUCACCUGACAGCCAGUAAGAGGUCAGUAUCUCAGCGUGUGGCUUGUCGAUGGAACCCGGCGAACCUCUUCCAUCCACGUUUCCUUUGCAUCUAAAUCAAACGCAUGGUGUACCAGCCGUUUCAGACCAGGUAGGAGUGUUUGGGCAAAAGCUGAACGACACUAAAGCCUCACUCUCCCGCAGCCCGUUGCGGGGACUCCUUCGGAACACUGGUCCAGCUUGGAUCAGACAGACUCAAGGGGGUUUCAUCACCUUCACGACUUUGCAGAUUCUCCUUCUGACAGUGAGGCUCCAGUGUGGGGAGUGAGGGGUCAGUUCGCUCAUGACGCACCCUCUGAUAUUCUGCGCCGUUUGUAGGAGAAUCUUACAUGUGUUGAGAUUUCACAAACAGUAAGACUUGUAAAAUACCAGCUAUAUGAAAAGCUAGAGUAUGUGAUGGCCUAGAGUGUUCAUUAGCUUUAUCGCAAUAUUCACAAUGGAGAAUUCUAUUACAUGGUAGCAGAAAUAGGCAUUUUUAUGUGUUGCUUAUAUUUUACCUCAAAUUAAAUUGUAGAUAUAGGGUAAUAAAUAAAAUCCAUCCAUGCCUUUCA